UUCAGUAUGAGUCGAGGAGGAAAAACGAAUACAACGUAGUGACUGUCAUUGAACAUUGGCGAUUUGUGCCGCAAUGGUCAUGAUUAUCUGGCUUUGGAAGUGGAAAAAGCUGAAUUCUUGAAUAUUUUAACACUGAAGGUUUGGGUGAUGGUUGCUGAGUAUUUUUAAAACCAGUAAAAAAAGGACUCUUAAAAUGUAGUGUUGGGGGUGCUGGGCACUUCUAUCAUGUGUCAGCCUGGUAAUCACCUGUUUACCUUGCAUAUUGGAGAUAAUGAAAAAUUCUUACAUAUCUGGGCUGUCAUCUUGUGUUGACAAUGUUCUAAAACCAGCAAUAUUUAACUGUCCAGGCUUUAGCAGUGGAAGAGAGAAAACUAUCCAGAGCUUGGAGACAUCCUCCAUUCCACCGAGUACAAUAAUUAGCAGUGAUCUUGUGACAACUCAGUGCAGCAGCAAGUGUGAAUGUACCAAACAUGAACAAAACUCAAGUGUGAAAGUGAAGUCCAAGUGUGAAGAAAAUCUCAUAAGUAGAACAAAAAGUAUGUCAUUAGGGCAACACAUUGGGAAAUGUGAAGAAAAACAGAAAAAAGUAUAUUCAAAAUCAGCCACUGAUGGUAGUGUGAACCCAGUAGUUGUGGCAGAACCAGAAAUGGAAAAGCUUUGCUGUAAAAGUUCAGAAACCGCUACUGAUAGAAAACCAGUAAUAGUGCCAAAAUGUGGAAAAGUUUGUAGUCUUGACAGUUCGGAUAAGUGGUCUCAAAUUAAAAAGAAGUUUGAAUCUGGAUCUGUUUCUUCAGAAACUUUAAUAAAAUCUAAAAGACCUACAGAAAAUUUAUCAAGAAGUUCAUUAAGUGCUAUGAAGCAGAGAUAUUUAAACAGUAAAUUGCUAGAUAGAAGUAGGCUUGAGGUUAGGACCUGUCAAAAUGGUUGUAGUCCCGAGAACCAUUCUCCAGGAAAAGAAAUGUUUAAGGGCUUGUAUAAAAGUCAAAGUGAGAGUGGAGUUUUCAAAACAAUUAAUACUCCGUAUUCUCUUCCUACAGAAUUUGUGAGAUCCAAAUCAUUAAGCACAGGAGAACCAAACAAGUUUUUCACAAACCAGUUAAGUGACAGUAAUGCAGCAUCAAACUACAAGAGUUCUGAAAACAUAGAAACUUUAAGAGCUACAGAAACACCCCAAGCUUUGAACAAAAUUUCUCAGUCUGUUGAUAAUCAUGAUGUUAACUCUUCUUCUUCUCUAGUUCAGUAUCAGUUAAAAAACAAAGCUGUAAAAACAUCAUAUAAUGUUAACAUUUCUGGUGCUGUUAAUAGUAGCAGGAUCAUGAAAAAAACCUGUCCAUCUAUCUCUGGGAAAAAUGGUGGUUGUGCCAAAACACGAAUAUCCAACAUAAAUAAUGGUGAUAUUAACACUAAGUCUUCAAAAUCUGCCUCAUUGCCAUUUCAAAAAUCAAAAGUUUCUCAGUUAAAAGAAAAGUUUGAUCAUAAACAUGUUGAAAGGGGCCUUAAAGAAAAUGUGCACAGAAAAACCAUAUCACAAAAUGAACUCCAUAAGCUACCGUCAGCAGAAAUUGUGCAAAUAAACGGUAAUUGUAGGAAUAGUAGUAAACUGAAGUCAUCAGGUUUAGGUGUUGGAAGUACAGAAAUCAGUGAGGAUUUUCAAAAAGAUCCAAGAAAUGAUAUUUCAUUUGAAAGAGAUAAAGAAUUAGUUACUAAAAGUUUUAAAUCUCAGAUGUCUUUGGUUAAACAAACUAUUAUGAAUUUUGAAGAGAACAAAAAACUUUUGUCUCCAGAAAGUGAAAGAAGAUUCAAACAAGAUCUAGACACUAAAUCUUUAAAUAUACAUAGUUUAGGUGCAUGGAAGAUUCCAAAAGAUACAAGACAAACAGAUUUACUAACUUUGAAUAAGACAUUACCUUGUAAUAGCAUGAAAGAUGAAAGCAUAAAGUCUAAGGAAGUUGGAAAUUUUGAUGCUGAAAAAUCUUUAGUAAAAUUUAAAAGCAUUUUUGAAUCACAAAAUCUAGUACAUGACACUGGAAGUGAGCCUGUUAGCGGUAAUACACCGAACAGAGACUCGUCAAACUUUUCCAGGUUUAAAGCUCCUAAUGACUUUCAGUCUGCAGGCAGACUAAAUCAAUCUAUUUUACCAGAAAAUGGUGGCCAGCAUUCUGUUUUAUUUCCAAAAAAUGAGCAACAACAAAAAUUCACCCAACAUGAUUUAAAAGAUAAAACAAGUGAAGAGCAGGGAGUAAUUAUCAAUCAAAAUGGACAAAAAAAGAGAUUUUCAUUUACAAAAACAAAAGUACAUGACAUAAAAAAGAUACCAAUGCCUUUACCCAGGAAACCAAAGUGUACUGAAGAACCCGUGUACGUAAACAGCGUAGGAGAAAACACGACUUGUAAUGAAAGUUCUAAUGGUAACAAUGAUGACAAUAUUGCACCAAAGCCUAACUCAUCUUUUCUUUGGAAACACCACGAUUCCUUUAGAAGAACAAGAAGGUUUAAUAGUAGCAGUCCUUUUGAUAUGGGAACUGUGGAUUUAGAUGUUCAAGAAAAUGUAUAUGAAGAGUUGAAUAAUUGGUAUUCUAAUAAUUCCAACCAUCAGGAGGAGUCCCUCUACAUGGAUGCAGAAUCUUUGAGAUUGAACUCCUCUACAGCUUCUCCAGGUUAUGAAAAAUCAGACUGUAGUAGUUUAGGCACUCCUCCAACAAGCAGUGAAGAUGGUUGGGUAGAUGUUAGCGAAUCUGAGUUUGUGGAGUGUAAUGAUCUCAAACUGAGAGAAAAAUUCAAGGUCUCAUUGAAGAAAAGAGGAUGCAGUAAAAGUUUUCGACCCUUUCUUAAAUUUAGCACCAAAGAAUCUGAAGAAUCUCCGAUGUGGGACACGGUUGAUGAUGAUGAUGAUGAAUGUGGAAGUACUUCAACAGAAUCCACAGUUUUUGACCAUUUAUAUGAGGCUGUUUGUUACCAGACGGUGUCAUAUAAUGAAAGAACACGGGUUCUCUGUGAAACCAUUAAUCCUGAAGUAAGAAUUCAAGAAUGGAACAAUCCUUCAACUUAUAGCAGAACGGAGACCCAUUCUGAAGAUGACCAUCAUCUAAUGAGAAACCCAUGUUCGACGAAAAUUGAUUCUGGUUUAUUUGUGCCUGUAAAUACUGAUAGAAAAAGAAUGAGAAAGGGAACUCGCAGUUCUGUGUUGCAAGGGCGAUUGUCGGGAAAUAUGCAUGAAUCAGGUAAAGUAGGUAAAAAACAGUUGCAAUCAAUUUCGAGGAUGAUAACAUUACUGCAGAAGAAGAAGGCUCCACAGCUCUCUAAAAAUCAAAUCAAAGAAAAAUCUACUUUUUAUGUAAAGUCUUCUACAGAUAACCUACCAGUGAAAAUUAGUCAGUAUUCAACAUCUAAGUCUACUAUCCAGAAUGUAAAAAAGCGAAGACCUGUUAGUGCUCUUCAGCGACCCAAAACUUCUCCACCUCUUCCUCCAGUUUCUCCUUCUCCAUGUGUUGAAAGAUUGGAGAAUCCAGCAUCUGCAUCAAGUACAUCACUAAAUAAGAGAGGAUAUGGGGAAGAUCAAGAUGUAAAAGUUGAUGAUACCCACUGUGUCAAAGAAAUGAGGCCCAAAGAACGUGCUGUCUCUCCUGCCCACUUGGAAGAAAUGGAACCAUCAACCACAAAAGGACAGAGUCCAGUUAAUGAAAAAACAUCUCCCUUAAGGUUACCUAAUGCUCUACUUGGAAAAGACUCCCUCUUAGAUUCUAUAUUGUCAUCAGUGAAAUUGGAUCCAGAGUUCAGAUUGUCGAUAGUUAGCUCUGAAUCGUCAGCAACAGGGGGGGGAUAUAUCAAUGUAAGCGAUGUGGAAUCAUACCCUCUUCAUUCAUCUGUUUCACAACCUUUGAUCACUGAAGACAAGAUAAUGGAUGUAAAUGUGUGCAGUGUCAGAAAACGAUCAGGCACCUUGGUGAGUCAACAAAGUUAUCUGUAUUUCACAGAAGCUAAAAAUCAGGAAGUAGUGAAUUCAUUAUUUGAGGAGGAACCUCUCUAUCAGUUCUACCAGAAGGAUUUCCAGGAUAGAGCUAGUCGUAUCCAGCAAUAUGAAGACUCGGAUUCCGAGGAAAAUAUCUACAGUUGUCUUAGGAACCAGUCACCAGUUAGUGAAGCAUCAAGUUCUAGUCAGAGUUUAGUAUUUCAACAGUUAUCAACUGAUCUACGGCAGAUUUCAUCGGGUGGAAGGAGAUCAUUAUGGUGUGAACUUCCUGAGGUGAUAAAUAGCGGUCUUCUUGAAAACAUUUCAUCCCAAGACCUAAAGCUACAGGAGGCAAUGUUUGAAAUCAUUACUUCCGAAGCUUCUUACCUUAAGAGCCUAGAUGUUCUCGUAGAACACUUUAUGAAUUGCCCAGAGUUCAACAAUGAGUUAAUGCCCAAUUGUGUCUUGGAACGCAUGGAAAGAGAGUAUCUGUUUUCCGAUAUCUUGCCUGUUAGGGAAGUUAGUCAGAGGUUACUGGGUGACUUGGAGAAAAGAUGGAGUGAAAAUCUGUACAUAACUGAUAUUUGUGAUAUUUUGUAUGAAUAUGCAUCCACUAAGUUCUCGGUCUACGUGAAAUACUGCACGAACCAGAUCUACCAAGAACGGACCUUGAAACAGUUAAAGAAAAACAAACCAGAGUUUGUUGAAAUAUUACGAAGAUUAGAAGCUAAUCCAGUGUGCCAGAGUCUUGAUAUGCAUUCUUUUCUGAUCCUACCCAUGCAACGAAUAACUCGUUUUCCAUUGUUGGUUGAUGCAAUUUUCCACAGGCUUCCACAAGACUCUUCAAAGUAUGAACUCUGCAAGUCAACAUUGGCAGCCUUAAAUAAG